AUGACAAACUACAUCAAAAAGUCGCAGUCUAGUUCGGAUCUGUUAAUAAAGCUGCCGGCAAGUCCAAUUUCUCCACUCGAAACUAAAAAACAACGGUUAGAAACAUUUCAAUUCGUUUGGCUCGAUCCAAAUGUUCACACGGAUGUUGGAAAUCAAGCAACCUACAACACUUUACAGCAAAUGUUGACCAAUGUUAGCACAUUCAACGAUUGCAAUGCUUGUGAACAGUGGCUCAAAAAUUCUUGCGGUGCAGAGAAGAUAAUUCUUAUCGUAUCUGGUAAAUUUGGAAAAACAAUUGUACCUCAUAUUCAUGAUUUAGCAUCUAUCGUUGCUAUUUAUAUUUAUUGUUUGAAUCGUACACGUCACGAGGGAUGGGCUAGAAAAUAUGCAAAAGUGCGCAGUGUUGUCACAGUUACGGAUGAUCUUACAGAACAGUUGUCGAGAUAUCAGAAAGAUCUUGAAAGCAUUGAAGAUUCAAAAGCAAUUCAGAUCUUCCACGGUCAUUAUAGCAAUAAUGAAGUCAACCCGAAGAAUGCUUCUUUCAUCUGGUAUCAACUUUUACUCGAAAUUUUGAUUACAUCAUCCUACUUACCAUCGCGAGAUACAUUCCCUCAAUUGGCUGAAAUCCUUCGUCAAUACUGUGCCGACAAUGCUUAUUAUUUGGCUUCAAUCGAAGAGUUCACGCAAACAUACGAGGCAAAGCGAGCCAUAUUGUGGCUUAUGCAUGAUACACCUGUAAAACGUUUUAUCAACGCAGCUCUUCGUGAACAAGACAUUCAAAUUCUUUUUCUUCUUCGCUUUUUUCUCCGUGAUAUUCACUUUCGAUUAACUAACCGUUCGACCGGUGCAUUACGUGUAUAUAGAUUACAGCCCAUGUCACUUGAUGAAAUAGAAUACCUUAAGAAAAAUCGAGACCAAUGCUUGUGUUUUACGGGGUUUCUUUGCACCUCAACAAGCAAGCCGGAUUUACAAAGUAUCAAUGUCAACAAUAAUCAAUUUCAAAUUGUAUUAUUAGAAAUCGAUGCAUGUCAUCAUACUGGGACGUCUUCUUUUGCAUACAUUGAUGAAAUCGACACAUCCGUCAAGGAUCAGAAUAACAGCAACGUUAUUUUUAUGUGCGGUUCAAUAUUUCAAAUUGGUUUAUUGAAACAGACACACAACUACAGGUGGACACUUCAAUUAACAUUAGCUGAUAGCAAAGGUUUAACCACAUUAACAAAUAUGAAGCGACAACUUCGGCAACAUGGUGAUUUAUGCUUAAUCGGCAAUCUGUUAGAAAGAUGCGGUCAAUACGAUAUAGCUAUUGUGUAUUACAAAUGUCUUCUUCGAGAACUACCUACCCAUCAUAUUCUAGUAUCCCAAUUAAAGGAAAAAUUAAAUAAAAUUUCAAAAGUAAAAUCAAGUAUGUAUUUGUUCUUCAAUAGAUAA